GCCCGCGCCUUUCUGCAGCUGAUCAACGGCCGCCUUGAUUCCCAAACUGUCCGCAGCAACAAGCAGAAGGAUCGCAGGCGGGCGGCGUGGCCAAUCCUGGCGCGCGUGCAGAGAGCCACCCAAGACAUCCCUAUUCUGCGCGCUGCGCGCCCCGAUUUUGUGUGACUCCGUCGCACCUGACCUGACCUGGCCUGCGGCGGGCUGUCAUUUGAUGCGGCAUGCACACGUGCAAGGGUUCUACAUAUAUGUCGUCGGUCCGCAGUAGCACGAUUCGGCUCCACCAAUUCUUUUGCGCGUCUCAUUAGAUCGUCCGGCCCCCCAUCAGAUAAUGAUAAGAUCUUUCUGGGCGGAGGCAUACUUCGCACCGUAGCCAUGCCCAACUACGGCACCCUCCUCCCCUCCUCAGGACCGCAAACAACUAAUGGUGGUGGCGACGACGACGUGGAACAGGCUGCUGCCUCGGCCGCUCACACUCCGAGCUCCUCCGUCAUCGCUCCCUCGUACAAGCGAGAGCAGCAGAACAGCGACAUCCACGCCCAGUCCGAGGCCGACAGACGAUCCAUCAUGUCCGAACGCAGUCACGAAUCCGGACAGGCUGGUGUCAAGCGCCUGGAGGCCAUCUCGACGACAUGGUCCAAACUAGGCCUGUACAUGGCCUACCUGGGCGUGGCACUGCUGGCGUAUGCGACGUCAUUAGAGGGCCAAACAACCACGAACCUUACCAUCUACGCAACGAGCGCCUUCAAGUCACAUUCGAUGGUCUCCACGGUGCUGGUCAUCCAGGGAGUCGUGUUGUCUGUCGUCAAACCUCCUAUGGCCAAAGUCGCCGAUGUCUUCGGCCGGUUCGAAGCAUUCACGCUAUCCAUUCUUUUCUACAUUGCAGGCUUCAUCCAGCAAGCAGCUUCCGACACCGUUGUGACAUAUGCAGCGGCACAAAUAUUCUAUUCAGCAGGACAGACUGGACUCCAGAUCUUGAUUCAAGUAUUCAUCGCCGACACGAGUGACCUGGUCAACCGAGCGUUGUGCUCCACGAUCCCAGACAUCCCUUUCUUAGUCAACGUCUGGUUGGGUCCAGCAAUCGCAGAAGCGGUAUUGAAGAAUCUCAACUGGCGAUGGGGCUACGGCAUAUGGACGAUUGUCCUGCCAGUGGCAUUCUUGCCGCUCGCACUCGCGUUGAUUGUGAAUCAGCGAAAAGCCGCCCUACGAGGCAUCUUACCUGAAUCACCGUUUCAAGGCGAGUCUGCGUGGGAGGUCGUCAAAACGCUCUGGUUCGAGAUGGACUUCUUUGGCCUGUUCCUCAUCUGCGUCGCUUUCACCCUCAUAUUGAUUCCCUUGACCCUCGCGUCGAAGGCUGGCUGGAGCAAUCCAAAUUUGGUCACCAUGCUCGUGGUCGGUGCCGCAUGCCUGAUAGCUAUUCCCUUCUGGGAGCGCAACAAGACGCUUGCUCCUCAUGCUUUCUUUCCCCGAUCGUUUUGGAAAAACCGCACCCUCCUAUGUGGACUUGGACUGUCCUUUUUCUACUUCAUGGCAUUCUAUCUCUCAGUCUAUCCUUAUUUCCAGUCAUACCUAUUGGUCGUCCAGGAUCUUCCUCUUGCCAAAGCUGGCCGAAUUGUACAGACCUUCACAUUCACAUCGACCGUAACGGCCAUAAUCGUUUCGAUCUCCAUCAAGUACACCAAGUCCUAUAAGAAAUUUAUGGUCGCGGGCACCAUCUUGUAUGCUAUCGGUUUGGCCUUGAUGAUCCGAUACAGGACGGAAGAAUCAACACCAGCCAUGAUCGUUGGUACGCAGAUCUUCCUUGGUGUGGGUGGCAGUCUGACCCACGUACCUGCACAGCUUGGCGUGCAGGCGUCAGCCAGUCACUCGGAAGUGGCUGCAGCAACUGCGCUGUUCUUGACUUUCUUGGAAAUCGGAGGAGCUGUCGGGAGCGGGAUAUCCGGCGCCAUCUGGACGUCGAAUGUUCCGAAGAAGUUGGCACUUUAUCUGCCACCGGAGACCAAGGACAUGGCUGAUGAGAUUUACGGAAACAUCACGCUCGCAUCACGAGGUUGGCCCAUGGGCAGCCCAACGCGAGACGCGAUCAACCUUGCUUAUCAGGAGACGAUGACGAAGAUACUGACUGUUGCGGUGUUCGUGGCGCUACCGUGCAUCGUUUUGGCCUUCAUGAUGCACGACUACAAGCUCGAUGAAAUUGAUCAGGGAGUCAAGGGCGUUGUCAUUGGCGCCACACAAGACGGCACCGAAUAUGGCGGCGAGGAGUUCGCAGGACCGUCAACGACCAGGCUGAUGCGUACAUCCGGCGAGUAUGAGGAAGCAGACGACGACGACGACGGCUCAGAGGAGUCACAGAACUCAAGAACCAGGCUCAUAAGAAAAUCAUCAUGAGAUUUUCGCGGAUAGAUAGAUGACGAUGCAUUUGUUGGGACUUAGAAGGCGUGAUCGGAUGUGGAGCACGGUAGACGAUGCUGUUGAAAUUGGCUGCAUCUUGCAUACUGGUUGCACUGCAAGCGAGCAUUUGGCAUUUUUUGGGCACUCGGGACAGCAUAGAGGCAAGGAAAGGCGUUCUUCGGCGAUUAGGGGAUGACUGAAUGGGCGCAAAACCACUAGCGAAGUGUUCUAGAUACCCUAUCACAGUGAUGUUCCGACCUAAGUGCGACAGAUCAUUGUUUCACGUUCGCUCUUUUCUGCUGCCCCGGCCCUGUU